ACUGUAUUUGUGAUUCUUUCAUCUUUUUUACACCGAUUUCGAUGUUGAUCAACGAGGGUAGUUAUUUUAAAAGAAGUAAUUUUAGACGUCCGGAUUCGCUUGCUUAGGUUGGAUUAGCAUUUAUUUGUCUGUCUAUUGUCUAUUUGUAUUUGUGCAACCUUGCUAUUUUUGCUGUGCGACUGCAACUUAUUGUUCUAAGGAUGCCGAAAGAGCGAGACAUUCUGAAAAUGAUCUGGACAAAUUUCAUCAAAUCCUUCCGACCUCGGCAAAUAACUGGGAAUCUUAUCGGGAAAGAUAGAUUCGGAAAUCAGUACUUUGAGAUCCCACCAAAUCCCAGCAUCGGAAAGCGAAAAGCUGAGAGAUGGUUCCAGCCUACAGGAAAGAACGAGUUGGACCAUUUCGACAAGGAACUUCCUGCAGAGUGGGAAUCCUGGUUAAGAGGACGCCGAGAUAAUCCCCCCUCGGAGGAAGAAUUGGUUAAAAAUCAAGCAAUUGCGCUACUCAAAAAACAGAAUGCUGCAGAAUUAGAAAUUAAGCAUGCCAAACCAGGUGCUCCUCCAAAAGAAGAAAAAAUGCAGGAUUUCCCAAUGUACCCGGAAUAUGAAACCAGGCCCGGAGAUAAAGAUAAGUGAUUAAGCGAUGUUAAUACUUUAAUCUAGUCGAACCCUUAAAUCAAUAAACAUUCUAAUUUCUUCAAAUAAGAAUACAUGGUAGAAUUUAUUACUCGAA